AUGCGUGGUGGUCAUUUUUUGAUGUAUCGAUCCGUGACAAUUCUUUUACUUCUUAUUGCUCUCGCUGCUGGUGGAAUUAGCUCAAUGCUGAAACCUAUUUUUGAAGAUAGCUCAAAAUGGAAACCAUUUGUUGCCUUAAAUUUAGUGAUAUGUCUCACAGAUAUUAUUCUCUCUAUAUAUAAUAUUAUCAUCUUUAAACGAAAUGGUAAUUUAAUUCAUAAUCGUAUGAUUUAUAAAAGACAUAUGCAAGGAUGCAAUGAACAUGUUAAAAUACCUAUUCAUACGUACGUAACAGAAACAAGUGCUUUAGCAAGUGAACAAGAACAAGUUGCUGCUGAUCUUCAAAAUGUUUCUAGUCACGUAAAUGAAGUUAGUUGUAUGUAUUAUAAUGAAUAUUAUCUCAAGAGAUACACAUAUUUUCCACGAACAAUUAUUAAACAUAUAAUCAUAUUUCUACUGGCUAUGGCAGAAGGCAUUGUUCUAACGAUUAUGAUCUGA